AUGGAUGACCUACGCCCCCUUUCGUAUGCCGUCAUCACGGUGCUAUACUUCAUAGCGACUGUCACGAUCCUGAUGCGGAUUUAUGUGCGAGGGUUUACUAUGAGAGCUUUUGGGUACGAUGAUUGGGCAAUGACUUCCAUGUUGAUCUUCAAUUCUUGCCAGCAGGGCAUCUUGUAUUUCUUCCUCAAGUUCGGUGGUGGACUUCACAUUACCGAGGUCAUGACGGAGCAUCCAGAAUGGUUGCCAGUUCUCAUGAAGGGUCUCCUAGCUGAGGAGUUCUUCUACAUCUGGAUGCAGUUCGUCGUGAAGAUGUGCUUCCUGCUCUUCUACUUCAGACUGUCAAAGACAUCCCUUUUCCGUCGGUGUCUUUGGGGUGUCAUCGGCUUCCAUAUCGUCACGACUGUCGUCAUCUGGCUGCUGUACGGCCUGCAGUGCAUGCCGCUGGCAGCCUUCUACGAUGCAGCUAGCUAUCCUGAUGUCAAGUGUCUUGAUACUAACAUAACUUACUUCACUCCAUACACCUUGAACAUGGCUACUGAUGUUAUGAUUUUUAUCCUUCCGCUCCCUGUGAUCUGGACUCUCCAGAUGACCCUGAAGCGCCGUCUCGCUGUUCUCGCCGUACUUACUACCGGAGGUUCCGCCGUGCUCACCAGCGGACUGCGCGCCAUCAUCCUCUUCGAGUUCUCGUCCUCACCCGACUUCACCUGGUCCCUUGGCAAGAUGGUCAUCAUCUCGAACGUAGAGAUGCAAGUCGGUAUCGUCGCCGCCAACAUGCCAUCCCUCAAGGCAUUCUGGACAUGCUGGAAACAGAACAAGCUUGGACCGGGGCAAGGAACAGGCUUGGAGCACAGCAGUGCGCAACGGGGCAAGAGUUCAAAGACAUCGCAGAGUGAUCUGGAGAUGAAUAGCGGACUAGGGGCAUCCAGAUCAAGGAACACCCGAAAGGGAGGUAGGACACCGGAUCCGAUGACUCUCACAAUGACCGAGAGUGAAGAAAAGCUCUUCGAGCAGAAGAACGGUCUAAGAGUCAGGACGGAAUACGAAAGUUCGAUGCAAAGUAAUCACAGCAGUUGA